UGUGGCAGUUAUCUUAAUGAUGCUUUCAUAUGUUUUGUAAGUACGUUUCUUCUCUCUCCAUCCUCUCUUGUGGUUCUUGAUUUUGGGCAAAGCUUUGUACUUUCAAUGCAUUAAAUCACAUAGCCGAAGAAAAGUAUUCAAAGAAAAGUUUGUGUAACGUCAAUCAAAUUAAAUUCACCAAUCUUUCUUGUUUUCAACGAACUUAAAUCUUUUCUUAUCCCCAAGAAUGGGAGUCUUGUUGUGAUUCAAGAGCAGAACUCCAAUCAUGGAUCUCGAGCGUCUGAGCACAAGGAACCAAGUUAAGAAAGAAUCUUGGUGGAGUGUUCUGACAUUAGCUUACCAGAGCUUAGGUGUGGUCUAUGGAGAUUUGGCUACUUCACCAUUGUAUGUCUACAAGAGCACUUUCGCCGAAGACAUCCAACACUCCGAGACAAACGAAGAGAUCUUUGGUGUUCUAUCUCUUGUCUUCUGGACAUUAACUCUCAUCCCACUACUCAAAUACGUCUUUAUUGUUCUUCGUGCUGACGAUAAUGGUGAAGGUGGGACGUUUGCACUCUACUCUCUGCUUUGUCGCCAUGCUAGAAUCAGCUCCUUGCCUAACUUCCAGCUCGCCGAUGAGGACCUUUCUGAGUAUAAGAAAAUAUCAGGGGACAAUCCGAGGAAUUUAAAAGCUAAGGGAUGGAGUUUGAAAAACACACUUGAGAAGCAUAAGGUUCUGCAGAAUAUGCUGCUUGUUCUUGCUCUGAUUGGGACUUGUAUGGUCAUUGGUGACGGAGUUCUCACACCAGCAAUCUCUGUUUUCUCAGCAGUCUCUGGAUUAGAGUUAUCCAUGUCAAAGGAGCAACAUCAGUAUGUGGAGGUGCCCGUGGUUUGCGCCAUACUGAUAAUCUUGUUCUCGUUACAACACUACGGGACACAUCGUUUAGGCUUUUUGUUCGCUCCAAUUGUGCUAGCAUGGCUUCUUUGCAUAAGCACCAUUGGUGUAUACAACAUCUUCCACUGGAACCCUCAUGUUUACAAAGCAUUGUCUCCUUAUUACAUCUACAAGUUCCUCAAGAAAACUCGCGAACGCGGCUGGAUGUCUCUUGGUGGCAUCCUUUUAUGCAUAACCGGCUCGGAAGCUAUGUUUGCUGAUCUAGGACACUUCACUCAGUUGUCAAUACAGAUUGCGUUCACAUUUGCUGUUUACCCGUCGUUAAUCCUCGCAUACAUGGGCCAAGCCGCAUAUCUCUCUAGGCACCAUGUCCUUGAGAGCGAUUACCGGAUUGGUUUUUAUGUUUCAGUACCCGAGAAAAUAAGAUGGCCUGUUUUGGUAAUAGCUAUUCUGGCGGCUGUUGUGGGAAGCCAGGCUAUAAUCACGGGAACGUUCUCGAUCAUCAAGCAAUGCACUUCUCUAGGUUGUUUCCCUAAAGUCAAAAUCGUCCACACAUCGUCUAAAAUGCACGGCCAGAUUUACAUCCCGGAGAUCAACUGGACUCUCAUGCUAUUAUGCUUGGCAGUCACGGUAGGGUUCCGCGACACCAAACACAUAAGCAAUGCCUCAGGUUUGGCGGUUAUUACCGUUAUGCUGGUAACGACUUGCCUGAUGUCACUGGUAAUAGUCUUAUGCUGGCGCAAAAGCACUAUCUACGCGCUAGCCUUCAUCAUCUUCUUCGGAACAAUCGAAUCUCUCUACUUCUCAGCCUCGCUCAUCAAGUUCCGCGAAGGCGCGUGGGUUCCACUCGCGCUCUCCUUCGCCUUCCUCCUCGUCAUGUACCUGUGGCACUACGGGACCGUCAUGCGUUACGAGUUCGACGUCCAGAACAAAGUCUCUGUCAACUGGCUCCUCACGCUCUUCGGCUCCUCGAACCUCGGCAUCGUCCGCGUCCGCGGGAUCGGCGUGAUCAGCACCGAGCUCGUCUCCGGCGUUCCCGCGAUCUUCUCUCAUUUCGUUACUAACCUUCCCGCGUUCCACCAGGUUGUCGUGUUCCUCUGCGUGAAGUCCGUCCCUGUCCCUCACGUGAAACCGGAAGAGCGGUUUCUCGUCGGUAGGGUUGGACCGAAGGAGUACCGGUUAUACCGGUGUAUUGCCCGGUAUGGAUACCGAGACGUGCACAAAGAUGACGUGGAGUUUGAGCAAGACCUUGUUUGUAGUAUCGCCGAGUUUAUACGUUCGGACAAAGCAUUCGAUUACGACUUGGACCCUGAAGACGAAUCCGAGAGGCUUACCGUCGUUGCGGCUUCCUCCUCUAGUCUCGAAGGUGUUCAGAUCUAUGAAGAAGACAAACCGGAACAAUCUUCGGUAGAGGAACGGGUUCCUUCGACGAGAGUCAAGAAAAGGGUGCGGUUUGUGUUACCGGAAAGUUCGAGGAUAGAUAGAUCCGCGGAGGAGGAGUUGACGGAGCUGACGGAGGCGCGUGAGGCAGGGAUGGCGUUUAUAAUGGGGCAUUCGUAUGUGAGAGCAAAGGCCGGUUCGAGUGUGAUGAAGAAGAUGGCUAUUAACUUUGGAUAUGAUUUUCUAAGGAGAAACUCGAGAGGUCUUUGUUAUGGUCUGUCUACUCCUCACGCUUCUACUUUAGAAGUUGGUAUGGUUUAUAUCGUCUGACUAUACUUAUUUGUUAAAUUUGAAUAAAACUUCAGUUUUGUAAAAUAAGGUUAAGUUUACAGUUUUUUUUUUGUUGUUGUUGCAACUUUUGUGUAGAGAUGUUAGAGUUGCUUGUGGAAAAAGUAAGAUUUGCUUUUUGUUUUUUU